AUGGAGAAAGAACUCAGCCACCAGUUAUUCAUCCAGCCAGUGUCCAGCUACGCCGACGAUGAUGCCAGGUGGGCCGCCGUGCAGAACAAGGACACCCUCGCAGAUGGCACAUUUGUCUACGCUGUAAAGACGACAAAGAUAUACUGUCGGCCCAUCUGCAAGGCUCGUCUGCCUCGUCGGGCCAAUGUGGCAUUCUACACAGAGGGAACUGAGGCACAGGCAAAGGGCUUCAGGGCCUGCAAGCGCUGCAAACCAGACAUUGAUGGCAGCAUGCCCGAGGAGCUGGCGGUUCGCAAGAUCAGGGCCUUUAUUAACGACAAGGCUCACACUGGGGGAGUCCUUAGCUUGAGCCAAAUGGCUAAACAGACGGGUCUGUCCAAGUGGCACUUCCACCGCGUCUUCAAAAAGUGCGCCGGCAUGACGCCCAGCGAGUUCCUACGUGGCCAGCGAAGAGACAAUGGAGCGUGCGGCAACACGCAUCUCACAUCGCCGCCGCUGACCGACGACAGUAGCGGCAUGACGACACCGCUGGACUGGGACAGCCUCAGCUUUGAUUGGCCGCUGGAUAAUAUCGACCAGAAUUGGCUAAACGACUUUGUGCACUGGCCCGACGACGACACCACCGCUGGCGCCGCCGCGACUAGUCUGCUACAUGAACAACCAGCGUGA